GACUGUGGUGAACCGUCACCAGGAGGCGCACAGGCGGGCGAAAAGGAAGAGAGAGAGCAGACGACGGCCGAGGAUUCAUUCACGUGCAAAAGGAGAAAAAGUCAAGUGUGUGUAAUUUUCGUGAGUGUCUUUUGGUCAAGAAAUAAAACCUGGAAAUUCUGCCUCUUCAACCCGUGUCGGUUAUUAUUCAUCAUCGCUAUUGUCCAAGCAAACGGCGUAUUUUACAUGGUGCCGAAACCCGAUUACGAAUAAUUCAGGAAGCCUAUCGAAGUCUGUCGAAGGCGUGUGGCGGCCAUUUUUUUUUCUGUGCAGCCAACAUAUUUCUCGAACUGACCACUCAUUAUCGAACUUGUAUACCCGUAAUCUUUGUCCCGAACAACUUAAACUUAGUGGCCUGGUCAGCUAUUAGUCUUGUCGCCAGUGUCGCCACCUAUUCGAAACCUUUGACGAACUACAAACGAAGAAAACCGUGUUGUAAAAAUCCGUGCAGCAUCGAUCUCGAACUGCACUGCUUACAGUGUCUCACGCCACAAAUAAAGGACCAAGUUAAAUCAGAACUCUACCACCGAACAACUUUCUGAUCAUUCCCAAUAAUAUUGUUUCCCUAUUCGAACUCUUUGGGUUUAGACAUUUGAUUCGGUUGCAAACCUUUCACGCUUAUCUCGUACCCACAAUCGAACCAUCGAGCAAGCUUACGGCCUAAUCGAAGCAUGGCUGACGAAGACGUUGUCGACCCGCCCGUCCUAUUCGGCAUGCGAACAAAUGCCAAGCGUAGACACACGAACCUUCUGCGGCAAGCAAGAGAGUUGAUGAACAUCAACGCCACGCGGGAAGAAUUCGAAGCCUUCAUGCCAACUCUCGAACUGGCGCACGCUAAUCUCGUUCACAUCCACGAACGAUACGUGGCCGCCGCACAACUUGACGAUGAUGAACAGCACGCAGCAGCCACCUACUUAGAAGGGAUCAACAAUCUGCAAACCGCGUGUGUUCAAGCAGUCGCUGCCGCCUUACGAAGAACAGCCCCUCGUCGCGCGUGGAACAUUUCCGACACCGUGGUCCGUGAACCCAACCAGAAUGUGCCAAUUCCUCAACCUGAGCAUCAGCAACUAAACGCUGUGAACAACGUCGAACAAGAACCGCAACAGCCAAACAACCCGCCACAGCCGGGCCAAGACGAUCAAUCGAACGACACGCAGCACGACAACUUAAGUCCCGUAGAUUUCGACUUUCACUCAGCAGCUAAGAAACGCAAGAUCGAUCUUGAAUUUCGGUUGAAGCAAGCAAAAAUUAAACAAGAUCGCGAACUCAAAGAUCUAGAGCUCAAGAACGCGCGCGAACGAGAAGACCUGGAGCUUGAAAUUCAGUACGAAAAUCACUUGAUCGAGAGCUGUGGUGGUGCAAUUGGAUCACCGCAAUUUGCGUCCACGCCCAAGUUACCAAGCAACGUGCCGAUGAAUGAUUUGGCUAACAUUCCGCUGCUGCCAGCUACCGUUAACUCGACUCCACCGACGCAACCUAAUUUUGCCCCGUCGCAUCAUUGGCCGAAACUAGACGUGGCAAAGUUCAAUGGAGACCCCCGUACAUGGCUGAAAUACGCCCACGGAAUAAAAGCAACGAUCCGAGACGUAAAUAUGCCCGAAUCGCUGAAACUUCUGGGGCUUCAAGAAAGUUUGAAAGAAGACAUCCAACGUCGUGUCGCUCAUAUUUUCACGGGUGCGUACACUUUUCAAUCGGCAUGGGCCGAGCUAGAAAAAAAAUAUGGAAGCCAGCACCUUAUCAUCCAAGCCCACGAUCAACAUAUGCAGCAGCUCCCGUCAUUCAGGAACGGCGACUUUAACGCACUCUUUAAUUUGGCCGCUGCGGUACGCGACGCCGUGUCAAGCGUAGACGAAAGCCAUGUCAUGAUGUUCAACACCGUCGCCAACUUACUUCAUACCAAAUUGCCGAUCAACUUGCAAACAGACUGGGGAAAAUAUGCUUAUGGUUUAGACAGAAUGGCCACCUUAAAAGAUUUCGACAAAUGGAUCGAUCGCGUGCUCAGCGCAGAAGAACUUCGUGGCGGAAAGCUGUCGUCAUCCAACCCAACGAACGCUGUCAAAAACCCAAUUCAGCCAUCAAAUAGCAACCGACAGUUGGGCAGCUACACACCCGGAAGCAGCAACUACAAUAGCCGCGGACCGACCGUCCUCGCAUCAAACAUUACCACCCUUUCUGACUGCCCAGCCUGCAAAGAAAGUCCGGCCCACAGGUUAGAGAUGUGCAACGUGUUUAAACGAAUGUUGGUGAAUGCCCGCGCAUCACUGUGUGCCACCAACAACCACUGCUUCAAAUGUCUCGUCCGCGGCCACUAUGGACGGAAAUGCGACUCAACCGAGUCGAAAUGCAAGGAGUGCCAGGGCCCUCAUCAUUCGCUACUUCACGGAGCCGAACGACAGUUUCCCGCCUCAUCGCGAAAUCAAGGUAAAAACCCCGCUGUAUUAAUGGUUAGAGCCCCAACAGCCAAUAUCCGCCCAGUCCUAUUAGCUAUUGUCAAGCUCAUAGUGGAAGUGAACAAUUCGGCGCAAACAACCUUUGCCAUUCUCGACCAAGGCAGCGAAGCUACUCUCAUAUCGCGAAAGCUAGCGGAUUCGUUAAAAUUGAAAGGUCCUUCGGCCAGCAUUUGCUUCGGCUCGUUUAACAACUCAGUGUUAAUGGAUUCGAACAUCGUAGCUUUUAAACUCAAAUCGAUCGACGGAUCGCAAGCGUUCGACGUUCGCGAAGCGUUUGUUGUCCCCAGCAUAAAUCUUUCGCAACGCAAAAUUAACUGGCCUGGCAUCAAGAAACGAUGGGAACAUUUGGCCGACAUCGACUUACCUGCAAUAGACUCUUCCGAAGUAGAAAUUCUUGUGGGAAUGGACAUGUUACCAGCUCUUCGAACGCUAAACACUGCUGCCCCAAAUGAUGGUGAAACCGGCCCUACCGCUUUGCAAACGUGUUUCGGCUGGGCUGUAGUGGGAAAAAUACCGUUGUGUCUAGUUGCCGGACCGAGCAACAAAAGCAGCGUGAACUUAGGUUUCGUCCGACGUGAACCCUUUCUAUCAGAAGUAGUUAACCGUUUCCAUUCAACUGAAACCUUCGGCGUCGUAUCGAAAACCGCGAAAACAACUCCAGCGUCCAACGAAGAUGAGCAGAUGUUGAGCAUCUUACAGCGAUCGAUAAAAUUUAUUGGAUGUGGUUACCAAAUAGAACUUCCGCUCCGCCAAGACAGACCGGUCAUACCAAACAACAGAGGACAAGCAAUUUCCCGUUUCUGUGGCCUCGAGCGCCGAAUGUUAGAGCCAAAUAUGCGCGAAACCGCCGCAAAAUACGUAACCAUUGUCGAGAAUCUUAUAUCGUCAGGAACCGUGGUCGCUGUCAACUGGUCGGACAUAAACAAGCCGGAAGGUAUGGUUUGGUACCUACCUCACUUCUACGUCGUUAACCCGAACAAGCCAGAAAAAAUUCGAGUUGUCUUCGACUGCGCUGCGCUUUACAGAGGUGUGUCGCUCAACCAUUUUCUUUUGCGUGGCCCGCCGUUCAUCCCAUCGCUAGUCGGCAUCCUCCUCCGCACUCGUCAGUUUCUCGUCGCACUCACCGCUGACAUCACUGCGUUUUACCACAGAGUUGGUGUGGCCGAAAAACAUCAGUCCUUACAACGAUUUGUCUACCGCGAAUUCGGCAGUAACGCACCGAUCAAAACCUACCAAUUCGCAACUCUAUUUUUUGGAGCUGUUUGUUCCUCCUCUGCCGCGAUAUUUACUUUACAGCAUGCAGUCAACGCAAACGUACAAUUUCCGCAAGUCGCCGAUAAAUUAAAAGACAAUUUUUAUUCCGACAAUUUGAGCGACUCAUUCGAAACUACCGACGAAGCAAUAAAAUUCGCGAAACAAGUAACGCAGUCUCUCGCGUCCGCCGGUUUUAGUCUGACAAGCUUUGCGUCGUCAUCCCGGCAAGUCUUGGCAACCAUCCCAGAAAAUCAACGAACGUCGCACACCGUUGAUUUGAAUAAAGACGCGCUUCCAGUGGAAUAUCUUCUCGGUAUGGUGUGGGAUCUUAACUCGGACUCUUAUGGCAUCAGGAUGAAAUCAAUGCCAACGGUUACUACAAAACGAGAAUUAUUGUCCGCAAUUUCUCUCACGUUCGACCCUCUCGGCAUUUGUCUUCCGGCCAUCACUGGCGCUAAACUGUUAUUUCAGCAGACACAAAAGCUAGCAAAAGCUAAACCGGAUGUUCGUGGGUGGGACCAGCCUUUGCCAAUCGAAAUUUUGUCAAAGUGGAAGCAAUGGACCUCCAGCCUGGAAAAAUUGCGCCUUGUUUCUGUAAAACGAUGCUUCCGACCCGCCGACUUUCCCCUCGCAGGCUCCGAUUUUGUGUUGGUCAUUUUCGCCGAUGCUUCGCCCGUCGCCUUCGGAGCGGUCGCUUACCUGCGCGUACGAUUCGGUGAUAAAAUUCAUGUCAGCUUCGUCAUGGCCAAAGGUCGCCUGGCGGGGCUCAAGCCGACUACCAUUCCCCGACUGGAGUUGAAAGCGGCAGUAUUGGCCGUCAACCUGUCGUUGAUCGUGAAACAGGAGCUUCGACUUUCAUUUUCCUCAGUUGAGUUUCAUACGGACUCACAAAUUGUUUUGUAUCAGCUUCGUGCCUCUCACCCCGGUCGCCCGUCAUUUGUAACCAAACGCACAAAUGAGAUUCUACAGCACUCGACGGUUGAUCAAUGGCACUACAUUCGCAGCAACGACAAUCCCGCCGACGAUUGUACCAGAGGAAUCGUUCCGAAAGACUUUGGGCCAGAUUGCCGCUGGAUUCGAGGACCAGAUAUUCUUUUCAACGUGUCCUACACUCCGCCGCCAUUCGAUCAGCAAAGCAUUAAGACUAAAGAAAACGAAGAAAUACAGGCGGUCAAUGUGCAACAGCUGCACGUUGCUAUAAGUUCUUGCCACCCGUUGUCAUCCGCUUUGUCUAAACUCAUCAGCCGAAGCAUUCAACUUAACACUCUGAAACGAGAAGCUGCUCUGCUGCUACGCGGUGACUCCACGUCGAAAGAUGAUCUGAAUUCCGACGAGAUCGCUGAAGCCUUCCGCAUCUGUCUGCUAGUGUCUCAGCAUGACGCAUUCUCACGGGAACGUACAGCUCUUCAGAAAGGAAAAACGAUCCCCCGCGACUCCGUCUUGAGGCGGGUCGGGCCAUACCUCGACCCAGACGACGGCCUGUUGAAAGUCGAUGGAAGAUUGGGCCACGCAAUGCUGCCGGCACAUACCUGUAACCCAAUUAUAAUUGCUCCGGAUCAUCCGCUUACAAGGCUUAUCAUCAGCGACCGUCAUCUACAAUUGCUCCAUUCUGGUGUGGAACAUACGUUGAGUGUUGUUCGUGAGCAGUUUUACCUCCCACAAGGACGCAGGGCCAUCCGGCGUACACUUGCACAGUGUACCAAGUGUAAGAUGCUGCGUGCUAUGCCUCAGGCACCACGAAUGGCUAGCUUGCCAAAGGAACGUCUUGUGCCCUUCUUGCGCGUAUUCACGAAUGUGGGACUCGACUGCUUCGGGCCCUUUCAAGUUGUGAUUGGAAGACGAUCAGUGAAACGGUGGGGACUACUGAUAACGUGCCUUUCCACCCGAGCCGUACAUUUAGAAGUGUUGGACACGAUGGACGCCGAUUCGUUCAUCAUGGCGUUGCGGCGAUUCAUCUCCUUGCGUGGUCACCCCAAGGUAAUUUAUAGUGACAAUGGCACCAACAUCACGGCCGGAGAAAAGGAACUCAGGCUUGGGAUUGAAAACCUCAACUCGACGCGAGUGGCAGCAGAAUUUAUUGACCGCGGGAUCACUUGGAAGUUCUCCCCACCGUCUGCGCCGCAUUUUGGUGGUAUUUGGGAGCGUUUGAUUGGCUCUAGCAAGAGAGCCAUGCGCGCCGUGUUAGAAAGCCGCUCAGUAACCGACGAAGUCCUGCGCACGGUUUUUGCAGAAGUGGCCUCACUUCUAAAUUCACGGCCUUUGACCAACGUCCAAACUGAUCCGUCAGAACCGGAGCCGCUCACUCCCUAUCACUUUAUUCUCGGCAGCCCCCAUCCUCACCGAGCGCCUGAUACCGAAGAGGCAUUUGAUGGCCUCACGCGGCGGAAAUGGAAGCAGGCCCAGUUCAUUGUGGACCAGUACUGGAGACGCUGGAUGAAGGAAUACCUCCCGACUCUCAUCGAGCGGAAAAAGUGGGAAAAAACAGUCCGUCCGAUCAGAGUUGGCGAUGUCGUCAUGAUUAUGGAUGAAAAUAGUAGAAGAGGCGAUUGGCUGAUAGGGAGCGUUACUAAAGUGUUGCCCGGCAGUGACGGAGUUGUCCGUGCGGCAACCGUGAAGACUGAGCGUUCCGAACUAACCCGGCCGGUUGUCAAACUUUGUUUCAUUUCAGGUUCUCGCGUUUCGUUCGAGUGAUUCCGUCUUUGGCCGGCCCGGACUGUGGUGAACCGUCACCAGGAGGCGCACAGGCGGGCGAAAAGGAAGAGAGAGAGCAGACGACGGCCGAGGAUUCAUUCACGUGCAAAAGGAGAAAAGUCAAGUGUGUGUAAUUUUCGUGAGUGUCUUUUGGUCAAGAAAUAAAACCUGGAAAUUCUGCCUCUUCAACCCGUGUCGGUUAUUAUUCAUCAUCGCUAUUGUCCAAGCAAACGGCGUAUUUUACAG